CGUGGAAAUGACGCAGCAGCAGGGAACGCGUUCCUUUCCGGUCGGGCGGCGUGCUCUGGGCAGGGAGCGAAUCCGCUGCCGAGAUGAGUGUCCCGGCUUUUAUCGACAUCACGGAGGAAGACCAGGCUGCAGAACUUAGGGCUUACCUGAAAUCCAAGGGAGCAGAAAUUUCUGAAGAGAAUUCUGAAGGUGGACUUCAUAUUGACUUAGCCCAGAUCAUAGAAGCAUGUGAUGUGUGCUUGAGAGAUGACGAUAAAGAUGUUGAAAGCGUGAUGAACAGCGUUGUGUCUUUGCUUCUUAUUCUGGAACCUGACAAGCAAGAGGCUUUGAUUGAAAGUCUAUGUGAGAAACUGGUCAAAUUUCGGGAAGGUGAACGUCCAUCUCUCAGGCUCCAGCUGCUAAGCAAUCUUUUCCAUGGCAUGGAUAAGAACACCCCUGCAAGGUACACAGUGUACUGCAGCCUCCUCAAAGUAGCCUCCAGUUGCGGAGCGAUACAGUACAUUCCAACUGAACUGGAGCAGGUUCGAAAAUGGAUUUCAGAUUGGAAUCUUACCACUGAAAAAAAGCAUACUCUUCUUAGACUUCUGUAUGAUGUGUUAGUGGACUGCAAGAAAAGUGACAAUGCAGCAAAAGUAAUGGUGGAGUUACUGGGAAGUUACACAGAGGACAAUGCCUCCCAGGCAAGAGUUGAUGCCCACAGGUGUAUUGUCCGUGCACUAAAGGAUCCAACUACCUUUCUUUUUGAUCAUCUUUUGGCCUUAAAACCAGUCAAAUUUUUGGAAGGAGAACUUAUUCAUGAUCUGUUGACAAUUUUUGUAAGUGCCAAGUUAGCAUCCUAUGUUCGGUUUUAUCAGAACAACAAAGACUUCAUUGACUCUCUUGGGCUGUUGCAUGAACAGAACAUGGCCAAAAUGAGGCUGCUCACCUUUAUGGGAAUGGCUGUAGAAAGCAAGGAAAUCUCCUUUGACACCAUGCAGCAGGAGCUUCAGAUUGGAGCUGAUGAUGUGGAAGCAUUUGUUAUUGAUGCUGUAAAAACAAAGAUGGUGCAUUGCAAAAUUGACCAAACACAGAGAAAAGUAGUUGUCAGUUGCAGCACACAUCGGACCUUUGGAAAACAGCAAUGGCAGCAGCUGUAUGACACACUUAAUUUCUGGAAGCAAAAUUUGAAUCAAGUGAAAAACAGUCUCCUUAGUUUGUCAGACACUUGAUUCUUUUAUCUAUUUCCUGGCUUGCCGAAGAUGGAAACACAGCUAUAGUAAAAUUUUCAGCUUUUUAAAAUAUGUCCUCAAAAUAUCAAAUUUAAUAAUUUGAAUGAAAAGGGGAAAGAAAUAAAGUUGAAAUUGGAAUAAA